CGCCAGUGCCGUUUCACUCAUCUGAACCCUCUUCACUUUCUGCCCUUGACUCUCACAUAAUGCGCAUUGGCACGUACAUCGAGUGAGCGCUGGUCGGUCCAAUCAACUUGCGCACAGCCUCGCCGCUGCCGUAAAGGAGGGGGGGCGGCUAAGACGACGAAGAGAGGCGAGCUGCCUGCUGCCCAGCUGCUGCUGCUGCUGCUGCUGCUGCUGCUGCUGCUGCUUGAUUGUGUCACCACCAGGCACAUGCACAUCGCCCGCCCUGCGGAAGGACACGAGACACGAAUAGCCCGCCAUGAGCGCAGGCGGCCAGGAUGCGAAGCUCUUCGCUCGAGGCAAAGUAGCAGAGCUGCGGCUGGAACUUAACAGCGGUGGGAAGAAGGAUAAGAAUUUCGCCGCCAAGAAGACGGCCUUGAAGAAGAUCGUCGCCAACAUGACCAUGAGCAAUAACGACAUGGUCGCCCUGUUCCCCGACAUCGUCGGCUGCAUGCACAUUCCCAGUCUGGAGAUCAAGAAGAUGUGCUUCUUGUAUCUGGUCAACUAUGCCAGGAUAAAACCCGACAUUGCCCUCAAGGCCCUGCCCAUCAUCCAGGAGGACAUGCAUGAUAAUAACCCCCUCGUCCGCGCCCUCGCUCUCCGCACCAUGUCCUACAUCCACGUGAGAGAGUACGUCGAAGCCACCGUCCCACACCUCAAAAACCUCCUCCGUGACAACGAUCCCUAUGUCCGCAAGACGGCCGCCUUCUGCGUGGCAAAGUUGUAUGACCACGACCGGCACUUGGUCGAGUCGUCGGAUCUGAUCGACAAGCUGAACGGCAUGCUGAGGGACGAGAACCCCACCGUUGUCUCCAGCGCCUUGGCCGGCCUGAUGGACAUCUGGGAACGGAGCGAGAACAUCAAACUGACCAUUGACUAUGCCAGCGCAUCGAAGAUCGUGUCCAUCCUCCCCGAUUGCUCUGAAUGGGGUCAGACGUACAUCCUGGAAGCCAUGAUGAACUACGUCCCACAGGACUCCUCCGAAGCUGCCCUUCUUGCCGAGCGCAUAUCCCCUCGGCUCUCGCACUCGAAUUCUGCCGUGGUGCUCACUUGCAUCCGUGUGAUAUUAUACCUCAUGAACUAUAUUUCCGAUCAGAAAGUGAUCACCUCGCUUUGUAAUAAGCUCUCCCCGCCACUCGUCACCCUUCUAUCGAAAGGCCCGGAGAUCCAGUAUCUAGCACUUCGAAACGCGUUACUCAUCCUCCAACGGCGGCCUGAGGUCCUGCGGAACGACAUCCGUGUUUUCUUCUGCAAAUAUAACGACCCAAUCUACGUCAAAGUUACCAAGCUCGAGCUCAUCUUCAUGCUCGCUACAGAAAAAAAUAUCAAAGAAGUCCUGACUGAACUCGCAGAAUAUGCCACCGAAAUCGACGUCGACUUCGUCCGCAAAUCUGUCCGCGCCAUCGGCAAACUCGCCAUAAAAAUCCCGCCCUCAUCCCAACUGUGCAUCUCCACGCUCCUGACCCUCGUCUCCACAAAAGUCUCUUACAUCGUGCAAGAAGCCACUGUCGUGAUCCGAAACAUUUUCCGCAAAUAUCCAAACCAGUAUGAAUCUAUCAUCUCCACGCUGUGCGAAAACCUCGACUCCCUCGACGAGCCUGAAGCCAAAGCCGCGAUGAUUUGGGUUAUAGGGCAGUAUGCGGAUAGGAUUGAGGAUAGCGAUGUGCUAUUGGACGAUUUUUUGGACGGGUUUAAGGAGGAGACGCAUGAGGUGCAAUUAGCGUUGUUGACGGCGACGGUGAAGUUGUUUAUUCAGCGGCCAACUCGUGGUUCCUCUCUCGUCCCAAAAGUUCUCAAAUGGGCAACCGAAGAAACAGAUAACCCCGACCUCCGUGAUCGGGGGUACAUGUACUGGCGGCUCCUGUCCUCCGCACCCGAGGACGCGAAGCGUAUCGUUAUGGGCGAUAAACCGGCCAUCACGGCUGAGGAAAGCGAGAAACUUGAUCCCGGGACGUUGGAGGAAAUGUGUUUGAAUGUGGGUACGUUGGCGACGGUGUAUUUGAAACCGGUGAAUCAGGUGUUUAGGUCCGCGAGACAGAGGAGGUUGCAAGACAGCCCUGCACUGCAGAAAGCGGGGCUGCCGACGGUUGUGGCGGCGAAGGUUGCGAGAGAUCGCGCAGUUGCGGAACGGGCGAGGCUAGAUACCACUACCUCGAAUAUGCAUCCGACGAACGGGCAUGGUGGCAGUACGCUCGCACCGACAAACGGUAAUGGCAGCGGUAAUGGAACUGCGAACUCUAGUUCCAAUAACCUGGCUGCGGCGGUUAAUGAAGCAGACCUUUAUUUCGCGGGGGUCGGCCGGCAGAGUACAUUCGGUGGUAGUCCCAUCGUAGGAAGUGAUGCAGGGAAUGUGGGCGGUGGGUGGGUGGUAAAUCAGAACUCGGCACAGCAAGCGGUGCUAAGUCCGGGGGGUGCAGAUGGGGGCGGCGAUUUGUUGCUGUAG